AUGACAAGAACGCAAGAGGUUCGCGAAGAGCAAACCAACUUCUUGAAGAAACAUGAAAACCCCCGUCCGUUGAACUUCUUUAUAGAGUUUAAAUAUCGCAGAAAGUCAUCUGGUCAUCACGAUUAUAAUCAACAAUUGGACAAAGCGUUACAAGACGACCCUAAUUCGGAGAAGCUGUUAAAUUUACGGAGAAAAUAUAAUCAUGAUUACAAAAAUGACUGGGCGCGAAAUAAUAGGAAGCGUCGGAAGAGGGAGAAUGAAGAGGGCAGUAGCAACAACAAUAUCGACAAAGAGGAUGUGAAUAAUUACGAAAGUGAAGAGGAAGAAAUCAUUCGAGAUGAUGAUGAGACCAUAAUAACAGAUGUCUUAGAAAAUGUCGUUGAAUGCUCAGAGGCGAUGAGAACAAUUUGUUCGGUCUAUAUGGAACAACAUCCUGAUGGGGAUCUCAUUGAUCUCCGUUCGUGUUCACCCUUCUUUAAAAAGCUUCCAAAAUUAGUAGCAGAUUCUUACCUUUCAGAAUUGGAUGAGAUAACGGAAUCACUGAUUCCUAUGAAUGUGCAUGAUUUUCUCGUACAAUUUUUUUCACAAAAUAUCUCUGAUACCGAAUGGCAAAUUAAAGUUGAUAAUCUGCGACCUCCAGAACGGAACGAUCCUCUAAUGACUGCAGUAGUGCGAAUUUUACAUCGCACCCUACCUAAUCAAAAUCAGAUAUUAACUUUAAUAUUUCUGAAUUAA